CAACUAAUUAUAGAGAAUAGCAAUCAACUUAGUUCCUCUGUAGAAUUAAACGAUGGGCUUAUUUAAUACUGAAGCAGGUGAUAAGAUCUUUGAGGACGUUUUCAGUAAAACAUAUUUCAGUCCUGCAUAAUUUAGAGUAACCAUUCAGGAAAGAGGAGUGAUCUGUGUUCCUAUAUAUACUGCCAUGCUCAAGAUCAAAAUAUACUCAUCUCCCAACGGACUUAGGAACAUCUUAUCCCUCCCCAUUUUUUUCUCAGAGACAAUGAUGCUGGUGGGCAUUUGCUUCAUGGUACUGCUGCAACAAGCGGCCAGCAUGUCAAAUACCUCAGUUUUAUCUUUAUUGACUCAACUUCCAUCAAUCCAAAUGGAGAUUAUUAAUAAGCACAAUGACCUUAGAAGGAUGGCAAGUCCCAGUGCCAGCAACAUGCUUAAAAUGACAUGGAAUGACGUAGUUGCGAGGAAUGCUGCAAAGUGGGCAAACAGGUGUGCCUUGGCUCACAGUCCUCCAUCGGAACGACGGAUCAACGACUUCACUGACUGUGGAGAGAAUUUAUUCAUGUCCAGUAAUCCCAAAUCAUGGUCAGAUGUAAUCCAAUCUCUUUACGAUGAAGCUAAAGAUUUCAAAUAUGGACUUGGAGGUACCCUCAAAAAAACUGGCCAUUACACCCAGCUCGUUUGGGCCACUUCUCACCAAGUUGGCUGUGCAUUAGCCCACUGUCCUCACAGCAGCAGCAACCUUCAGUAUUUCUAUGUUUGCCAUUAUUGGCCUGCUGGGAAUGUGUUCAAUACUAUCAGAACCCCAUACAAAAGAGGAAGACCAUGUGGAGACUGCCCUCAUCAUUGUGAUAAUGGGCUUUGCACCAAUUCCUGCAUGAAGGUGGAUAAGAUAUCGAAUUGUGACUAUAUGGUCAGAAAAGUAGGGUGUGAUGCACAAGACAUGAAAGAAAAAUGCCAGGCCACCUGUGGAUGCCCUUUUGCAAUAAAAUAAAACACAUUCUAAGGCUGAUUCUUUAUCUCAAGAACAGUGACUCCACAUAAAAACAACUGUAAAAAUGUUAUUGUCUUUUUCUAAAUGAUCAAACAAAUUUU